AUGGCUUUCAAAAUUGCAGCAUUGCUGGUUAUCAGUGCUCAGAUUUGCGUCACACUGACUGCUGCAGCUUGUGCAUGCACGAGGGAAAGCCGCCAAGUGUGUGGCUCCGACGGAGUCACUUACAGUAAUCCGUGUCUCCUCCGCUGCGCUGCCACCGAAUCAGGAAAAGAAAUCAAAAUAGUCAAGAUGAUGCCCUGUGAUGAGCCACCAAGCAGCUGUAUAUGCACUGAUGACUUAUCACCAGUGUGUGGCACCGACGGUCAAACUUAUAACAACGAGUGUAUUAUGAACUGUGAGGGAUCCAAAAACAACAAAUCUCUGAGGGUUAAACAUCGUGGCCCUUGUGGAAGUCUUCAGAAGCAUGACUGUGUGUGUACUUUUAUAUACAGCCCAGUUUGUGGCAGUGACGGCAGAACGUACGGCAACAAAUGCGAGCUAAACUGUACAAUGAAAUCAAAGCCAGGAUUGAGGUUCCAUCAUGAAGGUCGUUGUACUGGCCGUGUGAACGUAUAG